CCUUUAACAAUGGGCGGCGCGAGCGCCCCGGCGCUGGGCCCGAGCUGAGGCCGGGGCUUCGCGGCCGACUGUCCGCGGCAUGAGCGGGGCCGGCACUCCCCGCACGCCGGCGGGGCUGGGGCUGUGAGGGCCGCGGUUCCGGACUGAAGUUGCCGCGUCUGUCUGGGCGCGCCGCCGGGUUCCAUGGAGCUGGAGGGGCAGUGGUGGCGAGGACAGCUGGCUGCCGACAUUCACCAAGCUCUUCGGUACAAGGAGCUGAAGUUGCCCUCCUACAAAGGCCAGUCCCCUCAACUAAGUCUCAGGAGGUACUUUGCUGACUUGAUUGCCAUCGUGAGCAAUCGCUUCACACUCUGUCCUUCUGCCCGACAUCUUGCUGUCUAUCUACUGGACCUAUUUAUGGAUCGCUAUGACAUCUCUAUCCAGCAACUACAUUUAGUUGCACUAUCCUGUCUUCUCCUAGCAAGUAAAUUUGAAGAGAAAGAAGAUAGUGUGCCUAAGUUGGAGCAGCUCAACAGCCUGGGUUGCAUGACUAAUAUGAACCUGGUAUUAACAAAGCAAAAUUUGCUGCAUAUGGAACUAUUAUUGUUAGAAACCUUUCAGUGGAACCUCUGCCUUCCCACAGCUGCUCACUUCAUUGAGUAUUAUCUCUCUGAAGCUGUACAUGAAACAGAUCUUCAUGAUGGCUGGCCAAUGAUCUGCUUGGAAAAAACUAAACUCUACAUGGCCAAAUAUGCAGAUUACUUCCUUGAAGUGUCCCUGCAAGAUUAUGCCUUUCUAAAUUAUGCACCUUCUUUAGUAGCUGCUGCAUGUGUGGCUUCUUCGAGGAUUAUACUUCGUCUUUCUCCAACAUGGCCCACAAGACUACAUCGCCUUACUGCUUACUCCUGGGAUUUCUUAGUGCAGUGUAUUGAACGGUUAUUGAUUGCUCAUGAUAAUGAUGUGAAAGAAGCAAACAAACAGAGAGGGCAGUCAGGCCCUCAGUCAGCACAACUAAGUGUGUUCCAGACAGCCUCCCAACCCUCACGGCCAGUUCACUUCCAGCAACCCCAGUAUCUCCACCAGACUCAUCAGACCUCGCUGCAGUAUCGCCAUCCUGUAUCAGAUCAACCCAGCUGUCAGCAGAUUGUAUCUACCACACACACCUCAUCUUACACACUACAGACAUGUCCUGCUGGCUUCCAAACGAGUGUUCAGAGCCUUGGGCACAUGCAGACUGGUGUUGGGAUGUCUCUAGCAAUACCAGUAGAAGUUAAACCCUGUCUGAGUGUUUCUUACAACCGGAGUUAUCAGAUAAAUGAACAUUACCCUUGUAUUACUCCAUGCUUUGAAAGGUGAUUGUAUACAAGUGAUAACUGACCCAAACUGUUAGGACUUGCAGCUCUGGGGCAGGCUCUUCAGAAGGAAAGGGAUCCAAAUAACACCAGAACUCUGCAGGUCCCACAGUAGGAAGACUGAAUAUCCCUGCACACCCCUGGUUAUCACAGCGUCAUGAGUGUCCUGUUACAGCAAACCCCUGUGUAACAAAAAUGUUCAAGCCUUAGCUGAUGGUCCCAAUAUUUCAAAAUAUUCAACACAGCAGAAGUUUUGGACAGACUCCAGAUUGCCAUUUUGAGAUUUGACCUCUGGUAGGCUUGGGCUCUUGGUUGGCUUAUAUGUCAAGGACUAAUGUUUAUCUGUGGACUUGCCAAACUGUUUUUCAUGAAGGAAAGUUAACAGUAUUACUUUUUGAAGAAAUCUUUUUUUAAAUUCAGUUUUGAGGGUUUUUUUUUAACCUAACGUGAAUUUCUAAGUUUAAAUUCACCUAUGCUAUACCAAUUUGUGCAUUAAAAGUUUGUUUUAGAUUAUUCUGUAUAACUUCUUGUCAUAGAUAAUGUAGGUAUCUGGAUUUAUUUACUAAAAUUAGAGGUGGAGUUAGGUCUCUUAUCUUGAAAUCUUGCUUAUGUUUCUUUGCAUUUUUCCCUAAAUGAUCAAACUCACAUCAUUAGAAUUAAAACACAUUUAACUCAGGGAGUUUGAACUACUUGGAAACACUUAACUAAUGCAUCAUGUUUUGGGAAUGUUAAGAGUGUGAACUACCUUUAUAACACGUUAAACUACUCCCCUAGGACGUGUUUUCCAAUGAGAACAUAUUGUAGCCCAGAAUGAUUGAAGUAUGGUUCUGUAAUUCAUUUAUAGGUUUUGAAUUUGUCAGUGCAAUUGAGAUUUAUAAUCUGAUUUGAUGUUAUUCCCAAAAGUUUCUUUCAAGGGAAGGAAUUGUUAAAAUCUGUCCAUACUAGAAUAUAGUCCUGUAGGUUAUUCUGGAGCAGAGAGCAACAGGGUCUACUCAGGUAGUGCUAGCCUAGCACUUGUUAUAUGGAAGACAGCCUCCAGCUGGUUGGUCUGAGCAGGAAGGGGUACUGAUUACAGGAUUGCAGUAGCUACUAUCAGUUGGGACAUCUCACUCUGCUGGUGGUGAAAGCAGCAACAGUCAUUAUCAUAAAGGCAACUUGGGCAUAAAAUGUUUCGCAGAGUAGACAUUAAAAAGUUAAAAAUGAGGUAACUGGUAAAUACAUCCUUAUCUGUGGGAGGAAAUAUUUGGUAGACAGAAGUUUCUGGUUUAAAAAUUAGUAAGGUGUGUCCAUUUGUGUUUUUUUAAAGGUAGCACUUGACUAGAAGGGUCCGCAUGGCAGGUGUGUGACUGCCACAAUGUGCAUUGAAGACAGACUGGUUACAGAGCUGUGGGUAUGCAGCAGGUGAUUCUAUAAUCAAGCCAAUGGCCUUCGUUACAAAGGGAAGGGCUCAGCAUAGGAGUGGGGUGAUCCAGAAGGCUCCAGUAGAUGAGUAUGAGAGAGUGGCUUCUGCCAGCCUGAAUUCUUAGAAGACAUAUCUUAUACUUAAAAGGAAAACACAUCUAGAGUACAUAGGGUAUAAUGUGGACUUCUUAGUCUAGCAAAUGGAAUAAAAGCCACUCAGGUAAACAUUCAUGACCCUUUUUAAACAUGACAAUUGUUUUCUGAAAGUAUCAUCACUUUUCCUCUUUAAAAGGGCUGCUAAUUGGAUUUUGAUCAUUCUUAAGAAAACUUGAAUUAUACAGGGGAAAGUAGGUUCAAAAGAUAUAUCAGUCAGGUGUGAGUGGCUCAUGUCUGUAAUCCUAGCUACUCAAGAGGCUAAUAUUUGGGAGGAUCUAGGUUCAAAGUCAGCCCAGAAUGAGAAGUCCAUGAGACUCGUAUCUUCAGCAAAAAGCUGGGCCAGAGGUACAACUCGUUAGUAGAUUGCCAGCCAUAAGUAAGCAAGCUGAGCAAGAGCGCAAGGCCUUCAUUUCAAACCCCAGUUCCAGCACAACAAAGAAAAAAUGUUCAUUUUUACAAAUAGAAGCCAGCAACCUUGAAUCCAAUUUUCAGUAUUGUAACUACCUCAGAAAUGCUAUGAAUGUAAGAUAAUUGGGAUAAAGAUCCUAACUUGAAACAACAACCAGUGCCUGUGGUAAUUUAAUGUCUUGUCAAAUGGUUUUAUUGAUUGGUUUAUACGUCUCUUGUUAUAGAAAAAUAUCUUUUUGAAAAGUUUAUUAACACUUUUCCAAUUUAUAUUUUAAAAAGCUAAAGAACACUGGAUUAAUCUUUUUUUUUUGAAGGGGGAGCUUAGAGUAAGAUAAUUGGUUAAUUGAUUACUAUUGCUGCAUACCCAGGGUAGGGUGGGUUUUUAAAACAUUAGGUUUCAAUAUAAAUACAACUCAGCAACUGUUAGCUUGGGGGGCGGGGAGAUAUGUAGGGCUGUUUUGUUUAAUUUAUUGAUUAGUCUUUGAAGAUUUUUGUUUCUUUUUAAUUACUGGACCAUCAGAUGUCUACUGUGAAAAGAUUAAUGGUAUGUAUAAAGGGCUUUACCAAAGUCCACUGGAAAAAACACUACUCAAGUACAGACUGUAAACCAAAAUGUAUCUGUGUAUGACAUAAAUUACAAAUAGCGAGUAUGGUGCUAAAGUCUACACCAAUGGAACUAGAUGAGUGCUAUGCACUUAAUUUUAAAAUAAACUAGUUUUC